ACCACAACCACCCAACAAUUUCCAGAAGAAUAUAGCUUCGUUCUAGAUUGUUUCAAAGCCUUCUGCAUAAACGGUUUUCGAACAUUCGAAUUGACGCCUGUUUUCGAGCCAAUCACCUCAGGUGGCCAUUCAAACGUCUCAUCCCAACUUGUUUAGAUAUGCGGUGACCUCACGUCCCACUAAGAAAUUACCUGUCCGCGAUGGACGCCUACCCUGAGGAUUAUGUUGUCCACAACCUUCCUUUCGUCCUGCUCUCUGGCCUUGAACCAGACUCUGAAGAUGGCUUGGGGUCAAUCUGCCCUGAUUAUCCCCUCCUCCACGAGAAGGGCGUCCAUAUAUACUCGGAUCUUCCGCCGUUGAGCGGUUCGACUGCGGAAGAAUUGCGGGAGAUACUUUUGGCGGAAGAUGCGUCGCGAACUCCUUGGGAAGCUAGGGAAAAUAUUCUAGUGGAACCCGCCGGAACUGAGUAUAAAAUCAAGAGCGUUGGACGGUCUUAUAGACUUCCCCCGCGCAAAGCUGAACCCCCACCUGUAUCUCCUCCCAUGAGCCCCACCGGCCAGGGCAAUGAUAUAUCGCAUGUGCCAUACUUUGUACUUCACUCUCCAAUAUCUCCGCUGACGCCUAGUUCACCGACGUUUUCAGAUGGCUUACUCACACCCCUAUGGGUUACAAAACACCAAAGCCUUGUCCCUGCCGCUGUGAUAAACUUCUUCCCCUUCUGCCUAGAUCCUAAUAUGAGUUCCUUGCGCGACAAUCAAUUAAAGAUCGAAAUCAAUGGACUGAAGAAGGACUGGUCGUCCUCGGGAUAUAAGACGCGGUUUAUCGCUGUUCUCCUUUCGGAAGAAAGUAAUGGUGCUUUCACCGGGGAUGUCGAUGACCGGGUGACCGGCAUUCGCAGAGCGACAAAUCUAGACCAGAAGUCUAUCUUUCUCCUUCCACCUGACGCAACACCUAACGAACUAAAAGAGUUUGGAAAGUCUCUUCUGACACUACUCCAACCGUCGGUGAUGGAGUACUAUCGGGAUUUGUCUAAACACGCAAGACGGAAACGAAACCGGAGUAGUAUUCCUUCCCCGACGGCCCCACCGACAACGGGGACAUCCCAAACACUGUCUUUUCAAGGGUGGAAUGUCCGGUACGAAUUUAAGAUGGGGAUCUUUGCAGAAUUUAGGCAGGAGAUAGAUGCAGCUCUUAGGAAUUAUGAGAGUGCAUACGAGACUUUGUUUGGGCAGGAAGUCUUCGAGAAUAUUGCUGGCUGGAGCCCAAGAUUCAACGAUGCACGCCUCCUGGCAGAUACUAUAGCCAUAAGGAUUAUUCGUUGUUUGCUCUGGACGGGACAAACCGCUGCAGCCGUGCGGUCUUGGGUUGAACAUCGAAGUCGCUCACAAGAUAUUAUCAAUCGGAGAGGUAAAGGCACAAGGAAUUAUGGAUGGGAGGCUUGGGAAGCCAGAUGGUCAAUGGUAAUGGCACAACUGAUUCGUCAAGCCGAAAUUCCCUACUUCACCUCAGUCGGCAUCACACAGGAUCAGUUUAACGAACAGUAUUCGAUCUUCAUCCCCCGUGAAAAGACGGUCCCUCCCGGAGAUGUGUCCUAUCCGUGGGAACAGUUACAUCACGAAGGCUAUUGGCUGUAUCGAUCGGCAAAGCAUACAAUGUGCCGACGUCAUCUAGCAGAGCAGAUUCCGGACGAAGACAGGAUACCGCCAGGGCAGUCUCCUGCUUCUCAGAUAGCGAGCAAGUCCUACCUAUAUGACACAUACUUGGCACCGGAGACUCAUGUUGAAGCACCCCAAUCAGGGGUGGCGGGAUUUAAUCAUUCUGCCCUAAUUCUGACUGCAUUGAAUGCCGCCCUAGAUGAAUUUUCCAAGCGUGAUCAGGUGCGGAAAACCGAGUGCCUAAGGUUGGAGAUAGCGGAAGAAUACAUGCGGGUAGGCUCCUGGACCGAAGCUUAUGGUAUACUUCAGCCACUAUGGUCUAAGAUCACUUGGCGGCAUUCGGGCUGGUGGCAGCUUAUGGAAAAAUUCGGAUGGGCUUUGAGGGAGUGUGCUGUACGAGUACAAGAUAGCGAAACGAUUUUACGAGUUGAUUGGGAGCUACUCAACAGGGCAUUUCAACCAAACUCCGACUGGCGUUACGAUAUCCACAGAAGCCUUGAGGAUAUUACACCAGCUACACCCAAACCCUCUGUUGUUCUCAGAGCAGAGGAUAUCAUAUCAAGUGUCACGGCAUCUUUUAUUUUCGAGAGACCCGAGGGGAAUGUUGGCGAGCCAUUACAUGGUCAGCUCGCUAUAACAUCAUGCGCACAACGAUCAUCAAGUCCUAUAAGAUUUUCUGAGAUCAAAAUCGCUUUCGAAGGCUGUCUGCGACCAAUAAAGUUACAGUCAAACCACGUAGCUGAAACUGACACAACUACUCCUUGCACAAUAUCGUCGCCGUCACUACGAGAGCCGAGUACAUCCAGUGAUACGGCAUCUCUCCAGUCACCCACUAGUUUCUUGACACCACUCAUUGGAACUGCUGAUCUGACUAUUGGCCCUUCUCAGACAAAGGUCUUCGAUGUGGCUUGUAUCCCUCGAGAAGCCGGAGAGUCUCGAGUGGCCUCGAUCACACUUUUGAUUGAAGAAGAGAAAUUCGACCUUACUUGUGCCAUGACGGAGUUGACCCAGCAUGAAUCUUUCUGGUGGAAACAAACCAAGAACUAUGUGGCUCGAAGGCGGGUAGGCAAAAAUCGAGACACUGGCCGAUGUAAGAUAAAACCCAAACCGCCCAAGAUACGGAUCACAACUCCCAAUCUGAUGGAUACUUACUACACGAACGAACGCAUUGUCCUCAAGAUUGGAAUUCAUAACGAGGAGGAUGAAGCUGCGGAGGUCACAGCCGAGGCUAGGCUUUUUGGUCGACCAGAAUCGGCAGCUAAGGUCUUAUGGCUUGACGAGGAAGGCUCACCAUGGAUGCAGGGCUCCGAGAGGAGUACGCCAGUGGAAGGGCUUUCUCAUUUCAUCAAGCGGCCACUUGGGAUAUUGGAGACGUCCUCCCACCGGCAGCUGGAAAUUGUCCUCACGGAUACGCGUGAUGCUUCUGAUUACGAGCUUGAAAUAUCAUCUGUAUAUAACCUCGUAUCCGAUAUCCAGACUCCAAUCAUCGCAACCUUGAGAGUGAAGAUACCGAUAAUACGGCCGUUUGAGGCCAACUACGAAUUCAUGCCGCGUCUCCACCCCCAACCAUGGCCAGAUUUCUUUACCGUCAAUGAUGCAUUGCUUGGAAAUGACUCAACCCCGAAAAUCGGGGGCUUGCAGCAGCGGUGGUGCCUUAACUCAAAGGUCGUUUCUUUUGCGCUAACGCCGCUUGUUAUUGAAAAGAUAUCACUGGUGCUAGUUGGAGUGGGUGGAGGAACCACGUGCCACGUCGGUCCUGAAGCGAUCGUUAGUCCAGGCGGGCCAGAGAUCUAUUUGGAGGAGCUUCGCGAGUCCAAUUUUGCUGUGGAUAUCCACAAGGCAAUUCUAGGCGACCGACGACCCACAGCUCUGAACCUCGCUCUUGAAGUUCAAUGGCGACGAAGCGCAACCGAUGAGGGUGAAUCGGCCUUGAGCAGCAACGGUACGACUAUAUCCACACUUGCGGUUCCUCGCUUUGUCGUUCCUGGGGGAGAACCACGUGUGCUUGCCUCGGCAAUGACCUCCCAGAUACGUUCUGGGUUGAUUCACUUAGACUACACUAUCGAGAAUCCGUCGAUGCACUUCCUUACCUUCAACUUAACUAUGGAGGCCAGCGAAAACUUCGCCUUUAGCGGUCCGAAAACCCUGGUCGUUCAGCUGGUGCCUUUGAGCCGACACGCGGUUCGGUACAACCUACUGGCAUCUAGACGGGGGCUAUGGAUACAGCCACAACUGAUCGUGGUGGACACAUACUUCAACAAAACCCUUCGGGUGCUCCCCACAGAGGACAUGCGGUCGGACAAGAAAGGGCCGUUGAUAUGGGUUGAUGCCGAUGACUAAAUCGCAGCUUCUACGAUUGUCAUUUGUGUUUUGUCGGUGUAGGUAGCAAUGAUGGGUACAUGUGUUCUUAUGUGAUAUAGAUGGUAUAGUUUGAGCGACUUGAGUGCGAUAGAUAAUUAGUGUCUUUUUACAAUAGACUCAGCUACUAGUCC